UCACGCGACUCCUUUUCCACCGUCAGACGCCGUCUCCAAUUGUGGUUUCUGUCGGUUUCCUUCGUCGCUCGCCACGAAAUUUCGCAAGUAAAAUCAGAACGACCAAGAUUAAUCUCCGGUGGCCGUUUACUCCGGACGAGCUCAGCGAUACAUGGAUUUUGCUUGCAACCGCCGGGGAUGCAUCGCCUACCGAAAAUCUUCUCCAAUAGCCUGAACCGCCGCAAGAGCAGUACCAGCUCGAGCCACCAGGCCUCAAAGCCUAGGAGGCUUGACCGAAGCUACGCCUUCAAGGACGUCGACUAUGAGCUGUCGCCUUUCGCGUCAGCAUCUGCAUCGCCGCACGCGCGUGCGGAAUCCGGCGGUCAGAUGAGCUUCCGUAUCAACGGUACGGAGGGUGAGUUCGAGUUCAUCUGCCAGACGUAUGGAUUUUCCGGAAUUGAUGAUUUUGCUAUAUCGCCGGAGGAGUUUGAUGCGAUGAAGGGGAGCCCGAUGUCUGCUCUAGUGAUGUUCGCUCAGAACUUUGAGCCUGUAUAUGGUAAAGUUGAUUUUGAUUGUGAUGCCGUUGGUGGUGGCGCUGAGGCGGUUGAUGUAAUUCACCGGGAAAUGGGGCCAGAGAUUGAUACGUGUAUUCGAGUUUCAGAUCAUGAUUUUGCUUAUAUGGAUAGAAUUGGGGCUGGUGCGUUUGUCAGUGAUGUUAGCAAUCUACCGAAGGGGCUAAAGGAUGAUACGAUGGUUAAUGGUGUUGUUUUAAAUAAUAAUGUAAAUUAUAGAUCAAGUGAGCCUAGAGGAAAUGCUAUUAAAGGUGUACAACCGACAGUUUUAGUGCAACCACCUUUGUUGUGCUCUACUUGGGAUCCUUCGAGAGAAUUUGUAUUGGACAGUGACGUACGUGUUUCGCAGUUUGACAGAGGCUUUUGUUCAGAUGAGGAUGGAGAGAAUGGUCUGGAUAGGAAUGAGCAGGACAAGGAUUUCAUAAUGACGGUGAUGACUGGGGAAGAGAACUUUGUUUUGCGAGUUAUUGAGGAUUGGCAGAAGGGAGAGCUUUUGGGUCGUGGAUCAUUCGGAUCUGUGUAUGAAGGGAUUUAUGAUGACGGUUUCUUUUUUGCCAUCAAGGAAGUAUCAUUGCUUGAUCAAGGGGAUGAGGGAAAGCAUAGCAUUAUCCAACUUGAACAGGAAAUUGCUCUUCUAAGCCAGUUUGAACAUGAGAACAUUGUCCGAUAUUAUGGCACAAAGAAGGACGAAGCACAUCUCUAUAGUUUUCUUGAGCUAGUUACUAAAGGCUCCCUCUUGAGCCUGUACCAGAAGUAUGAGCUCCGAGUUUCACAAGCCUCAGCGUAUACAAGGCAGAUUUUGCAUGGUUUGAAGUAUCUGCACAAUAGAAAUGUGGUUGUUCGAAGCCAGAGUUAUGGCCUUGCAGCUGAUAUAUGGAGUCUUGGUUGUACGGUCUUGGAGAUGUUAACCAAACGUUUUCCUUAUUUUGGUCUGGAAUGGGAAAGUGACGGAUUG